AUGGCCGACAACGGCUUUGGAUCAGGCCUCGAAGGCAUAUCCCAGACCACAAUAACCGUCGUUCUCGUCUUCCUCGCCAUAUCGCUCUACAACGUCAUUGAGCUCAACUUCAUCAUCUUUGGGACCUUUAAGCGUCACUCCGGUCUCUACUUCUGGUCAUUCCUCGUUUCAACAUGGGGAAUCGCCGUGUACUGCUGUGGUUUCUUCAUUAAAUACUACGCCUCUUCAGCUCUGGGGUAUCUCGCCUCGACGUUCAUCUCAGUAGGAUGGGUAGCCAUGGUGUCGGGCCAGUCGCUCGUGCUUUGGUCAAGACUACAUCUUGUUCUGAGGAAUAGAUUCAGGUUGAAGGCGGUGUUGUAUAUGAUCAUCAUUAAUGGCGUUCUUAUGCAUGGAGCUGUUAUUCCUAUGAUCUAUGGCUCUUUUUCACCAAAUACAGAUAUGUGGAAACAGCCAUACUCCAUUAUGGAGAAGAUCCAAGUCACCGUCUUCUUCAUACAAGAGAUUAUCAUUUCAUGCUUCUACAUCUACGAAACAGUCAAGAUGAUGCGUCUGGAACGCACAAUGGGCAACAAGCGUGGAAGUCGUCGUCUAAUGAACCAUCUCGUCUACGUCAACAUCCUCAUCAUUCUUCUCGACAUCACCAUCCUAGGCCUUGAGUACGCCGACCAAUACCAGUACCAAACAUCAUACAAAGCCUUUGUGUACAGCACAAAACUCAAGCUAGAAUUCACUAUUCUCAACCGUCUCGUUGAGAUGACUACGGGCAACAAGGAUGCUAGCUCUGGGCCACGGAGUCACACCGCUGGUACGACGACAGGAAACAAGACGAAUAUCGCUCUUGAUACGUUCAUCAGCAAUACUGUUGACAAGCCCCCCGGUGAUAUAUCGUAUAGAGCUUAUGUCAUGGGUGGUGAUGAACGACAGACUCCUCGACAAACACCUAGGGAUGAUGAAGUUGUCAUGACUACAGAGGUCAUCGUUCAACGGGAAGAGCGAGAAGAUGAUGGUAUGAGUAUGGGCGGAAAGUCAUCCGCUGAAUCUACGAUUGGGACGUCAAAGGGGCAUCACUAUGAAAGUGAGGGAUUAUCGAAAUCUUCGUCAGAACUACAUUUAGCGACGCGAGGCUUUUAA